AUGACGACGACGACGACCGACGACGACGAAGACCGACGACGACCGAAGACGACGACGACCAACGACGACCGACGACGAGAGACGACCGACGACGACGACAACGACGACCGACGACGAGCGACGACGACGACGAGCGACGACGACGACCGAAGACGACGACGACCAACGACGACCGACGACGACCAACGACGAGCGACGAGCGACGAAGACGACGACGACCAACGACGACCAACGACGAGCGACGAGGACGACGACCGACGACGACGACCGAAGACAACGACCGACGACGACGACGACCAACGACGACCGACGACGAUGACGACCGACGACGACGACCGACGACAACAACAACAACAACAAUAA